AGCGACAUACCAUAGCGUCCUCCAGCUCAUCAGUGCUGCAGCUCUGCGUGUGUCUCCAAGUGACGAGGAUGAGAUCUGCGUCUUCACUGAUGCGAGCUUGGAUGGGUACAGUAUCGUGGUGACGAUGGUACAGACUUGGGACAGCUCGCUCCCGGUCGACAAGCAAGCCCACCAACUGGUAGUGUGCAAGGGUGGAUCUUUCAAGGAUCACCAACGUGGAUGGUCGAUAGUGGAAAAGGAGGCUUACCCAAUUAUCCAAGCUUGCUCGGAACUCGACUAUAUCCUUCUCCGCCGCAAAAGAUUCAAGCUUUUUUGUGACCAUCCCAACCUA